AUGGAGUAUAUCUAUCAGGGAAACAAUGAGCCUAUGAAGCUGAUAAUGAAUACUUAUGAAGAUGAUAAGUACUGUCGGAGGGAUGCAUUCGCUCAGAUGGAUGGAUGGAUGGAUGGACGUACACAACAAGGAGGUACCAAUUGUGUGCCUCGAGAAGCAGUAAAGUCGUCAAUCUUAUACGAGCCGCCUCAAACCUCAUCUAGCACUGCUUGCUCAAUCCCUCUCGAUGAUGGCACUCGCCCAUCGACUCGUUUCAUUGGUCAUCCAUCGUAA